GGGAAAGCGGGGCCGACGAGGGCCAGAGAGCCGGCAGCGAGGCGGACGAGGACGAGGGCGAGGGCGAGGGCGAGGGCACGGCGGGGUCCCGGCCGGCCGUAGGAGGCUCGCGGAAGCAGCAGCCCGCCGCCCACCUCAGAUAUGGAAGAAAGCAGCAGUAUCGCCAUGCUGGUGCCAGAUAUUAGGGACCAGGAAGCUGUGUUGACUGCUGGAGGAGCCAUCAGUCCUUUGUUGGAAAGUGAUGAGCAAAGGAAGGUCAAGGCAGAUCCGUUGAUCCAUGUCAUCCAGAAGCUAAGCAAGAUAGUGGAGCAUGAAAAGUCACAGAGAUGCCUUCUGAUUGGGAGAAAGCGCCCAUGGCCGAAUGUGGCGGGCUGCUCCCUUGAAGCCCCAGGACCUUGUGAGGUUCCCACUAAAGUAAGCAAGUCAUCUGCCACUGAGAUGAGAAAGGAUGAGGUGUCACAGGCAAAUUCCACUCCUGACUGUCUUGCCCCUAACAAUGGGAAGGCCAUGUCCUACCAGUGCAGCCUUUGCAAGUUUCUGUCGCCGUCCUUCUCCGUUUUGAAGGAGCACGUCAAGCAGCACGGGCAGCAGGGGGAGGUGACGCUCAUGUGCUCGGAGUGCCAGGUCACCUCCCAGAGCCAGGAGGAGCUGGAAGCCCACGUGGUGAGCGAGCAUGAAAACAGUGCCGCCCCCCAAGCCCAACCCAAAACCCAGCCGAGCACGAGCCACCCCAGCUCCUGUCAGAGGACCACAGAAACAAGGAGCGAAGCCAUCCCAGACACCCCGGGCAGUGCGAGCGGUGCUCCAGCGCUUCCUGUGAAAGCGGCCGCGCCUGAGGCUGAGCCGGGUCGAAGGAAGUGGUACGCCUACGAGCAGUACGGCAUGUAUCGGUGCCUGUUCUGCAGCUACACUUGCGGCCAGCAGAGAAUGUUGAAAACCCACGCUUGGAAACAUGCAGGGGAGGUUGACUGCUCCUAUCCAAUCUUCGAGAAUGAAAACGAGCCCCUCGGCUUGCUGGAUUCCUCAGUGUCCACCACACCUGCUGGGGUCGAGGCAGUGGUCAUUGCCAUUGGAGACAGGGAGCUGAGUAUCCACAACGGACCAUCGGUACAGGUGCAGAUUUGCAGCUCAGAGCCACCGCCUUCCUCACCAUUAGAACAGAGGACAGAGGAGGUCGUACACCUAAGCCAGCCAGUUACCCUUGACCCUAACGAAGAAGAAAUGCUGGAGGUGAUGUCUGAUUCUGAGGAAAACCUGUUUGCUGAUAGCCUGCUCUCGUCAGCACAGAAAAUCAUUAGCAGCAGCCCUAACAAAAAAGGUCACGUCAACGUCAUCGUGGAACGUUUGCCGGGUGCUGAAGAAACACUUUCACCAAAACACUUCCUCAUGAACGCUGACAUAGAAGAGGGGAAAUCCCUGAGCCCAGCAGAGGCCCAGGCGGGCUGUGGGGGGCUGGGUGGCAGCAGCCGUGCUGACGACUGUGCUGUUGACAUUGGGGGGUUGAUCAUAGGCUGGAGCACUGCAGAGAAGAGAGACAGUGAGUUCAGCAAAGGCCUGGCUGCGGAUGAGAACGCGCCACCGGGGCGAAGAAGAACAAACUCUGAGUCUCUCCGGCUCCAUUCCUUAGCUGCAGAAGCCCUUGUCACAAUGCCGGUAAGAGCUGCCGAGCUCACCAGGGCCAGCCUGGGCCACUAUGGGGACAUAGCUCUUUUGGACCCAGACACUGGGCAGAGGCAAGUCGAUAGUCCACUGGCAGCCUAUUCCAAGAUCAUGUCACCACCUAAGAACUCUUCAGAUGGACUGACGAGUUUCCACCAAAGCAGCUCCACGUUGGUGGCACUCCCGGAGGAUAGGCAGGAGCUGCCAGACGGACAAGUUAAGACGGGCAUCAGCAUGUCCCUACUCACCGUGAUAGAAAAGCUGAGAGAAAGGACAGACCAGAACGCAUCUGAUGACGACAUUCUGAAAGAGCUGCAAGACAAUGCCCAGUGCCAGCCUCACAGCGACGCGAGCCUGUUGGGUGCCAGUGUGGUGGAGUACAUCCCGAACGCCGCGCGGCCCUACCGCUGCCGCCUGUGUGACUACGCGAGCGGGAACAAGGGCUACAUCAAGCAGCACCUGCGGGUGCACCGGCAGAGGCAGCCCUACCAGUGUCCCAUCUGCGAGCACACAGCCGACGACAGCAAGGACUUGGAGAGCCACAUGAUCAGCCACUGUAAAGCCAGACUAUACCAGUGCAGGCAGUGCGACGCGUCUUUCCACUACAAGAGUCAGCUGAGGAGUCACGAGAGAGAGCAGCACAGCCUUCCUGACAAGUUGUCAGUAGCAACCUCAAAUGAGCCAAGCAUUUCUAGUGACGUAACUGAUGGAAAAUGUGUUCAGGAAGGGAGUAAGACUUCAGCCCAGAAACAGUAUCGAUGUGAUGUUUGCGAUUACACAAGUACAACACACGUCGGUGUCAGAAACCACAGACGCGUCCACAACUCUGAUAAGCCAUACAGGUGUUCGCUGUGUGGCUACGUGUGCAGCCAUCCUCCUUCCUUGAAGUCGCACAUGUGGAAACAUGCGAGUGACCAAAAUUACAACUACGAGCAAGUGAACAAGGCCAUUAAUGAGGCCAUCUCACGGAGCGGCAGAGUUCUCGGGAGGCCCCCAGGGAAGACGCCACUGACCAGCAGUGGGGAGAGAGCUGGGCCUGUCCCUGGAGCUUCCGAAAGCUUGGCGUCGGCCUCGGAGCUGGCUCCCCAGCCACCCAGCGACGCGCCGGAUGGGCAGCCGCAGCCGAGCCCCGCAGGCCGCCCCUGCGCCAUGGGCAAGGGCUGCGGCCCGGCCCCCGGGCCCGAGCUCUGCGUGCUGCUCUUCUGUUGCUGUAUCUGCGGCUUUGAGUCCACGAGCAAGGACAGCGUCCUAGCUCACAUGAAAGAGCAUGAGGACGAGGUCGUCAGCGUCAUCUUGAACAAGGACCAUGGCACGGCCCUGCACGCCGACUAGCCGAGGAAGGCUCUGGGGACUGCGCCACCCUUCCUGCUGCCAGACAGUCACCUCCCAGCGCAGAAGUAGGUGGUGUGAGCUGACGGGAGGCCAUGGCAGGUGAGCGGCAUAAAUUCCAUGUGUGGGGAAGCAACUGGAGAAGGAAGGAACAUGUCACCCUUUGUCACCCUUCUUGGUGUUGAGUGUGUUUAUUACUCAGAGCUUAUGAUAGUUUCGAGUCGUGCCAGCAGACGUUCAGAAAGGGCUUUGCAGGAGCUCUUCUCACCCGUCCCCAGUACCACAGUCGAGCAGAGCCAAUCUUCCCUGGGGCUCAGAGCUGCCUCUCCAGCACACAGGCCCCAUGUUGCAACAGAGUCAACAUGGGACCUGUCAGAGGCCUCGGAAUGACCUACUGAAGAGUCCGUCAUGUGGUCAGUGUAGGUUUGGGUCCUUGACGCCCCAGAGAAGAAGGAAGAGAGAUUUUCAAGUCACAUGUGAGCUGUCAACAUUUAGGAAGUCAGUUACUGGCUUAAAUUUACAGAGAGUUCCCACAAUACUUAGUUCACAGAACAUAGCACAUUUCUCAGAGUGUUUGAGAGAACUGGGCAGCCUUCUCCACAGAUACAUGCAUGCACCAGCCUUCUCUGGUAAGUGGAACACUUCCCUCCCUGUUACCACCACUUGCUACCUGACAGUCUUCAGACAACAAAGGAUGAGGAUUCGCACUGUAGAGCCCAAAGGCUGGUUGUGAUGGCACAUCGCUAGAAUCCCAACAGCAGGGAGGCUGAGGCAGGGGAUCACAAGUUUGAGGCCAGCCUGAGUGAGACCCAGUCUCAAAAAGAACAAUCACUUGUAGGAUAAGAGAUGAAAUUUAGAUGCCUCUUAAAAUCAGUAUAGUUAUUAAGGGUUUUCCUUCUCAGAGUUUAUAUAACUGUGUUUAACAGAAGAAUAACCCAGAAUGACUGAAAAUAUAGUGAAACCUCAGGCCGUAUGUAAGGAUUUUGAUAGGCAGCAAGGUUGGAGCUGUAGCUUGAGGUAGAGUCUGCCUAGCAUGUGUGAGGCCCUAGGUUCAGUCUCAGCACUCAAGAAAACACAGAACUACAAAGAGCUUCUUGUCAGAAAGACCAUGUGGCCAAUCAAUACAAUUUCUUAGAAAUUUUUUUUUUUUUAAGCAUAUAAGGCAACAUAAGUAAGAACUGCGUUUUGCAGUACAGCUCGCCCUGACGUGGGUGCACUUUCAUUAACCAUGCAUUUUGUAAUGUAGUCAUUUCAAAGGACAAGGAAGAUGGCAUGUUUGCUUUCGCUAGUUCGGGUCACUUACCUGGAUAGAUUUUGUCCUGGUCAGAAGCCUCAAGCUCGCCCACCCUGCCCACCCCACUGUGUCCUCUAAACAUCUGAACAUUUGAAUUUUGAUGGCCUGACAUCUACAGUUGAAGCUGUGACCCUGAGAAACUGAGGGCACCAAAACAGUGUUGAAAUAUUCAUACAUUUUAAGUGGAGCCAGGCAUGUUGAAAUGUUAUUAGAUUUGAUUUUUCUUUUUGUUUUCUAAAAGUUCUUUGUGAUAUUUAAAGAGAAAUAACUGUAACUUUACAGGUCUUUGAUUUUAGAUAGUUUUAAUUUAUUUGCGAACCUUAAUCCAUUUCUGAUACAUGAUCCUUGAUGAGAAAAUGAAGUUAUAUAUCUUAAGUUAUAUUUACCUAAAUCCACUGUAUGUGGAUUUAAAUAAAUUUUCAAAAAUUAUAUUUAACUUUCAGUGCAAAUAAAAUAAUUUACAUGAUUCCUUAUUUUUUAAUCACACAUACUGUAAGUCUCUUUCUCAGUGCUUGUCUCACUGAAUAGUAACAACCAUACAUGAAUUCUCUUUGGCUGUGACUUUAUGCCACCUUUUGGAAAAUAGUAAUAACCAAAAACAUCCCCAGCACUUGAGCAGUGUGACUUGUAGAUCCCCUUUUUCAGUCUCUUGAAACCACUUCCAUUGAUUUUUAAGUUCUCCUUUUGAAUCACGAUUUAAAAUUUCUCCCCGCUUUGGAAAGUUAACCCAGAAGUUCAAAAUCUUUAAACUUUUAUAUGAUUCUGGCUUUAGAGUAUCAUUCAGAAUGUCUUCUGGUUGUGGGAGGAACUGUGUGCCCAGGGUAACCCUGUACGCCCUGCCCCCGUGAUCAGUUGUGGCAAGCCUUAAAAAAUGGUGUCUACCAAGGACAGUUGAGUUUUAGUUCCAAAAGUAAUCGUGAAGGUUAAGUGUGCAAUUGUAAUUGUUGAAGAGGUCAUCAUUACAGUCAGUAGGAAUCUCUUCAUAGGGAAACAUUUUGUUUAGUGCUGCUAGAUCUUUUGUCACAUGAAACCCCUGCUGUUUGUUUUCUGCUCUAAGCUCUUGUGAUUCUAAGAUUUGAGAGGGAAAAUCAUUUUUAAAGGAAGUUUACUGGGUUCAGCAGAGAUGAGGAAAGAAAGUGGUACAUUCUGAUCUGUGCAAAUGCAACUUUUCAAGGCUGCGUAUUUUCCCCUUUUCUGACAGUGUGGAAUCUGGUUGAUGUCCCCAGUGUUCCCAGCCCACUUGAUUUUGUAGCCUGUGGCUAGAUGGUGCCACGCUUGACACUGGUUGAAGCCUUUACUGUAGACUUCCCAGUCCUGUUCAAGGUGACUAGUGGUGGUUUCAUAAAUUUUGGUUGUUUUUUUUCCCCUCACAAAAUAAAUGUGGACAUCAUGUUUACAUUGAAUCUCCGGCAGUGUACCCGGCUGACAGAAGAGCAGGCUUCUCUGCAGAGACUUACAUGUUUAGUUUUCAUAAACACUUUAUUUAAUCUUUUUUAUUGUACAGCAAGGUGCUCUAAGUAAUAUUCUAUAAAUAUAUUUAAUAGAAGUUUGAGUUUGAUAUUCAUGGACAUAAAUACAUGUAUUUUUUUAAGAAACAAGUGUUGUGUAACACUAUGACAUUGCUUCUGUAGCCAAAGUAAGAACUUUCUGGAACACUGACGUGAAGACUGCAGUGAUUCUGACACUGUAUGUAAUUGAAAUAGGGUGGUUUGCAUUCUGUAACAUUCUCCUGCUCAUCGAGCGGCAUGCCUUAAAGCCGACUUCUGGAACUGUGCUCGCUGUAGAGCAGCCGGCCUGUUGGCAGAGUGUGGCCAGGCCUGCCCCUCCUCAGCCGCCUUUGGAAAUACUGUACAAUGUUAGAGUAAUUUAUUUUGCUGUACAGGGGUUUGUCAUGUAUUGACUUUAAUAUUGUAUUUUGGUAAUAAAUUUUUUGUUAAGAACA